AUGAAAAACAACUCUGAUAUGUUGAAAAGAAUGGUAGAGAAGCAAAAUAAAGAGAUUGGAAUGAUCAGAAGCAACAAAAGAGACAAUGCCAACAACUAUGGAAGAGUAGCGAGCGAUGAUGUUAGAGAAUGUCCGGAUGGGAAGGAUAGCAAUACGAGCUGUAAUAUUGAUGCUGAGAUGGUUGAUAAUAGUGUUAAAGAGUACAACGAGAGCGGAGUGGUUGGCAAUCCUGUCCAUACGAGUACCUCCCAUACCAAUAAUCCUACCAUUGGCACUGCCGGUAAUGGUGGAGACAAUGCCUCCCGUACCGCUCCCUCGUCAACCGGUCAAAAAACGAAGAUUAACCUGAAAGUGACCAAAGAGUACAAAAUUGCGGUCUCACCAUCCUCAAAAGCAGUGCUCCAAGCGAUGCUAAAAUUUAGGACGGCUCAGUAUGACGUUAAAAGCAACGCAUGGCACAUAGGACUGAGUGAUUAUAGCGCAGCCAUAAAAGAGCUUCGUAAAAUCUUCGUGUUUGACCGAAUACCGAACGACAGCAUACGCAUCUUGAAUAAAUACUCGAUGAAAAGGGAGUAUGAAGACUUUGUAGAUAGAGAGGUGGCUAGGACAUGUGUCUUCAACGGGAGUGGGCCGGUUAAGAGGGACAUAACAGGGACGAGUAGCGAUGAGAUGGUGAAUAAUGGUGAGAUGAGUAGCAAGAAAUCGCUAAAUGCGUGUAGUACCGCUGUCAGUAGCGGAGCAGUGUUCCCUACGGCAACCACGAGCAACAAAUUCUCAUUCGUCCAUCUAAAGACGUACCUGUUACCGUUCCAAAAACAAUCGGUGAACAAGGCGAUAUCGAACGGCGGCCGGAUAAUACUGGCAGAUUCUAUGGGACUGGGAAAGACGAUACAGGCGCUCUCCAUUGCCCUGUACUACUCGCUGGAGUGGCCCUUGCUGAUUGUUGCACCCGCAUCGCUUUUGGACAAUUGGCGCGAUGAAAUUGAAAAGUUUUGCGGAGUGAAAGUGUGCGUGGUGAGAGACAUCGGAGACAUCGGCAACGGAAGCGUGUUCGUAGUGUCCUACGACUUUUUGAGCAAGAAUGUGGCGCACUUUGAAAACAUGGUCGUAAGGAAUGAUAGAGGUGAGAAGAAUGAAGAAAGGAAUGCGGACAAUAGCACUGCUAACCCUGCUACGGUUGCAGAUACCAGUAAUGCGGGUGUUGCUAUCUCCGAUACCACGGCUGCUACUAAGACCUUUUCUGAGCGUGCCCGUACGAAUGACCCCACGGCCACGUCUAAUACACUCCGAGGCACACAAAAAGUAAGCGGCACACUAACAACCACCAGCAGGAUAAACGUAAUAAUAGUAGAUGAGUGCCAUUACCUGAAGAACAUGCAGUCAAAACGUACACGGACACUGCUCCCGUUCAUAAAGAAGAUGAACAGGGUGGUACUCGUGAGCGGCACACCUGCACUCAGCAGGCCUAUUGAGCUGUAUCCGCUCAUCUACGUGCUGGAAGGCUUUAACUACAAUGAUUAUGCUAAUCGGUACUGUAUGGAUGGAAGGAGCCGGUUCAACAGGUUUAUGAGGCACAAGGGGUGCAGUAACUACGAUGAGUUGAGCUUGGUCAUUGGUGGGAUGAUGGUUAGAAGGACCAAGGAAGACGUAAUGAGCGACUUACCGAGAAAGUACCGUGAGCAUGUGCUGUUGGAGUGUACCGGCAGUACUGCUGGCAGUGGUGUGAGCAGCACAAACAAUGCAGGUGCAGGUACCGGCAGCACAUCUGCCAACAUCACCAGUAUAGAUGACGUAGAUCACACGAUCAUGGCAUUGUACGCACAGGCUGCAGAGAUAAAAUUGAGCAGUGUUAUCACGUACAUACACAAUUACAUUCACAAACACAUAAAAGGCACGGCAAACAAAUUGGUGAUAUUCUGUCACCACAAGUGCAUGAUAACGGGCAUUAUCAAUUCUUUGGACGUUGGUCAUAUAAAAAUAGAUGGAUCGGUAAGCAGCACCAUAAGGCAGCGCCUUGUGAACUCUUUUCAGUUGGAUGACAGCAUAAAAGUGGCUGUGCUCUCAAUAACGAGCGCUAAUACAGGAUUAAAUCUGACUGCGGCUAGCACGGUCAUUUUUAGUGAGUUGUAUUGGAACCCUGGCAAUUUGUUGCAGGCUGAGGAUAGGGUCCACCGUAUCGGACAGCGAAGGGAUGUUCGUGUGUAUUUCUUGCUUGGGAAGGGAACGGUUGAUGAAAUGGUGUGGCCAAAGAUUGUGGGCAAACUGGGCGUGUUAGAGCGGUUAGGUGUAGGUGAAAAUGUGCUGAAGAGCGUUGGCGAGCGGAAGGGAGGAAGCAUUUUGAGUGCUUUUGAACGGAUAAAGGGCGAUAAAGGAGCGUAG